GUGCUUUCGCCUUCAUAUAAAAGCAGGUAAAAGCAUGUAAAAAUGUAUAAAAAUAUGGACAUCGAAUCUAUCUUAUCUAUCAUCCGGCGCAGUUAGACAAACUACAGCUUUACAUCGCAUAAACGACGCGAAAAAUGACUGGAAUCUGAUAUAUAAACGAGAAAAUGAUUUAAUUAUAAUCGCGCAGAUCAGCGUAGUUUUUGUCGGCGAUAAAAUUGCGAUCGAUUGUGCAGCGAGAUAUAUCGCGAUAUCUCGAUUAACUCUCGCGCCCGAGGAUCGAUAAAGCGAGGAGUGGGAGUUGCGUCAGUGUCAGAGUGUCAGUCCGUCAGUUGCGUCGCGUGUGGUUUUUCCUCGUAAAUUCUCGGAUACCAACAUGUCGGCGACGAUGACAGCCAAACUGCAGGACGACAUGAAUAGUAUACCGCUCGCCGAUGAUGAUCCGCAAGUAAUAAUACCAGAAGAGGAAAUCUUAGACAAUGCUUCGCAUAUAUCUGACGCACUAGGAAGAGGACGUAGUAUGGAUUCUAUUCCAUCGACAUUUACUAACGGAAGCUGUAGUCCAAACAAUGAUAACAUAUCAAAGCAGUAUUCAAAAAGAUUGAAAUUGAUUAUAGGUUUAGAUCCAGAUAUCAGCCCUGAUGAACAGGAGGAGAAAGCUAGACUGAUUGCACAGGUUCUCGAACUGCAAAAUACUUUAGAUGAUCUAUCACAGAGGGUGGACAGUGUGAAGGAGGAAAAUCUCAAACUGAGAAGUGAAAAUCAAGUUCUGAGUCAAUAUAUUGAGAAUUUAAUGUCAGCAUCGAGCGUGUUUCAGUCAACAAGUCCUAACACUAAGAAGAAGUAAACAACCCAAUUAUUUGAAUAAAUUAGAUUAAAUUAUUAAAUUAAAUUUAUGAACCAGCUAUGCAGAAUCUUGAAAUCAUUGUAAUUGUUUUGGCUAUUUUGGAAAGUGCUUACAUUUAGGCAUUUAAUUAUAAUGCUUAUUUAACAAUA